AUGGACUUAAUGAAUACGGAGCUGUUGGCAUUUACGAAGGAUUUGCCGUUGAAUGCAGAGUCUGUAUUCAAACAAGAUUCGAAGCUUGCCGCUGCUAUUGAUAAACUCUGUAGUAAUCAAAAGAAAUUAAUGGGCGCAGUUGAAAUAUUGUCGCUUCCUGAACGAAAAUUAGAUUUUGGCGAAGUUCAGGAGCUUUUAAAAGGUUCAAAAGUCGAAAAAGGUGCUCACAAACCUCCACAUGUUCAUUUGAAGGAGACAAAUGACGAAAGAAGGUUGCUUAUAAAAAAAGUAGAACAAAUAUUGGAUGACAUUAAUAAACGAGCGGAAAGUGGAGAUACACCGAAACUUGUGAUACGGAAUCAGAAACUGUGGAGCAAUUGUGUUUAUGAUUUAGACAGAGAGCUAUUCUACCAAAAUGUAAUGAGGCUUCGUAACCAGUGUAACUUGGACUUAGCAGUGAGAGACGUGUGCUGCUUAUUGGAGACUCCUCCAUGGACCCUGGGUAUAGUGGCUACGGCCAAAGGUCUGAUCGCUGGACCCCUCACCCUGCAUCUUAGAGACGGCAACGUUGUUGAUUGUAUGGCGCCUGGAGGCGUACUAAUACCACAAGAUAUCGUCGGGAUCAAAGAGUUCCAAUCUACAGCCAAAUACAUCCUGGUGGUGGAAAAAGAUGCCAUCUUUCAAAAACUCUUGGAUGAAGGAGCCUUACUUCGACUGGGUCCAGUCAUCAUCAUAACGAGCCAGUCCCACCUCUCGUCAUCAUUAGCUUGCAGUUCCCUGGUGAUGUUGGGAGCUCGUCACAGUGACGUCAUGACCCUGGCUCCUACUGAAGCAAGGCUGCCACUCACUGAACUGGACAAGAGGAAAAUUGAGAAUCUACUCAAGAGACCGUAUUUGAAUAAUAGUCAAGUUGCAAGAUCUUGCAAUAACACACCGCUUAUGAAGCUCAAAAGCGAACCGGCGAAACGGAAGUCUUUUAACGUGAACGAAGCUGUAAGAUCUUUAGACUUGGCGUUGGGUAGACUGAAGAAGAGCAAGCUGGUGAACGGAGAGUACGCGUCGAGCCGCGGACUGAACCCCGCGGCGCAGGGCGCGUCCGACAUGUUCAUGGACAUGUGCUCCAGCUCCACGUUCCGGCCCGGCACGGAGAACGCUUCACUUAUGUCCAUGAACUUCUCGCACUACGAGCUGAUGCGCAACGUGUCGCGCUCCAACUGCAACUCGGACGGAGCGUUCAGCGGCACGACGUGCAGCGCGCGACUCAGCGCCGCCGACGUCGACGUCAAGGACGAGCACCUCGAGCGAUACUUCCGCUCCGUCGAGAUGUGGUCCCGCAACUACCGCGACCCGCCCAGCAGUAUGCACUUAGACUUACCAGAUAAGUAG